UGGCUCUGGAAUUUUCUAGAACCCUAGCACGAUUCCCAAAACCCAAAGCUCCUCCUCAUCCUCUUCCAUGGCGCUGGCGUCCGUGCUCCCGCUCCUCCUCGUCCCCCGUCCCAUCGUCUCUCCGAGGCCCACUGCAGCGGGCCGCUUCCUCUCCCUCUCCGCUCCCCUGUCCACCGCCGCUCCCGCCCCUGCCCCCGUCGAGCCCCUGAAGGCCGGCGGCCGCCUCGCGCGGCUCCAGCCGCUCCACGCAGCCUCCUGCUGCAACUCCGCCUCCGCAGCAGCAUCUGGAGGAGUGGAGGCGGCCCGGGCGAAGGGCUUGCAGCUCGUGGCCUGGUACCUUCUGUCUCUUGACAAGCAUCCGGUGGCGACCAAGGCUGUCACUUCUGCUGUGCUGACUCUGGCCGGGGACCUCAUCUGCCAGCUUGUAAUUGAUAAAGUGCCAGAGCUAGACCUGAAGAGAACAUUUGUGUUCACGUUAUUGGGACUUGUCCUGGUGGGGCCAACGUUGCAUUUCUGGUACUUGUAUUUGAGUAAAUUAGUGACGAUCAGCGGGACAUCUGGUGUCAUUUCUCGCCUGUUACUUGACCAGUUCGUCUUCUCUCCUGUUUUCAUUGGUGUCUUCAUGAGCUUACUCGUAACCUUGGAGGGAAAGCCAUCUCUUGUAGUGCCAAAGCUUAAGCAGGAGUGGUUCUCUUCAUUGAUCGCGAAUUGGCAAUUGUGGAUACCGUUCCAGUUUUUGAAUUUCUAUUUUGUCCCACAGAAGCUCCAGGUUCUUGCCGCUAAUUUUGUAGCCCUUGCAUGGAACGUGAUUUUGUCAUAUAAAGCUCAUAAGAAGGUUAUCGCGGAGUAGUCAAAUAGGUGAGAGAGAGUAGACUCUAGGGCGGGGUGCCUAGCCGGUUGCAACAUGUGGCGAUGUAAGGCUGAAAGAAUAAACCUACUAUCAGUUAUCUUGGCGCCUCGUCUGUGUUAUCCGACCGAUGAAACACUUGCUAAUGCUUAGUAUUGUAAAUUAGUGUCCAUCUUGUCUGUCGAGUGCAUCCCGCAAUGACGGUUAAGCAUGCGUUGUAUAAUCUGCAUAACCGUUUGUGAUGGGAGGUUGUUCUUGGUUUCCGCAGAAUUACAUAGUGUAAAA